CAGCACUUUGUUUAGGUGCAACCAGUCUAUGGGUGCAACAUGGGGUUGCAAGCUCAAACUCUUGUUACUGCAAAAUGGCUUGCAAACAUGGUGAACCGCAGCCUUGUCGGACCCCGUUUACGGAUCCUGGACACGUCCUGGUACUUACCCAUGAUGAAACGAGACGGCAAGAAGGAAUUUGCACAAUCUCACAUCCCAGGAGCGUCUUUCUUCGACAUAGACGAGUGCACAGACAGGAGCUCGCAGUUCGACCACACGCUCCCCAGCGAGCAGUAUUUCGCAGACUAUGUGGGGAACUUGGGCAUCAGCAACGACAGCCAUGUGGUGGUUUACGACGCCAGUGACUUCGGGGCGUUUUCCUGCACCAGGGUCUGGUGGAUGUUCCGCCUGUUCGGCCAUCCUCAAGUGUCGGUACUAGACGGGGGAUUUAGGAAGUGGACCAAGGAGGGCCAUCCAGUCACAGGCGCGUACACGCAGCCUGAGGCGGCGCGCUUCAGCGCCACUAUGGAGCGCUCCUGGGUGAAGUCAUUUGAGGACAUCACGGAGAACAUUUCCACUGAGCGCUAUCAGGUGGUGGACGUCAGGCCAUAUGAAAGGUUUCGCGGGCGAGAACCGGAACCAAGAGAGGGUGUCCAACCGGGUCACAUCCCAGGCUCCAAGUGCAUGCCUUUCUUACAGUUUCUCGAUGAUGAUGGCAUGAUGCUCUCCACAGAGAAGCUGAAGAAGUUCUUUGCAAAGUCCCAGGUGGACCUGAACAAGCCAAUGUGUGGAACCUGUGGCUCCGGUGUGACCGCCUGUCACAUGGUGCUGGCGGCCCAUCUGUGCGGCGCCCCCGGAGCGUCUGUGUAUGAUGGAUCGUGGUAUGAGUGGUUCACCAAGGCGCCGCCAGAGCACAUUGUCUCCGACGCUAAAAGCAAGCUUUGAGGAGGAUGAAGGUGUGACAAAGUUUGCUUUUAAAUUUAGCAUUAAAAAAUCGAGUGUGAUAAAUCGAUGAUGUCACUUUAAAGGGACAGUUCAGAUUUAUUAAAGUGGGUUUAUGAGAGGUACCUACUCUAGUCACCCUGUUAUCGACCAACAAAUCUCCAACCUAAACGACAGAAUUGACCAUGUAGUGGCAAUUUUGUUCGAAAAAAAUAACAAAAUUAAACUUAAAACAAACUUAAUCAAAAUGCCACUGAUGCACCAGGGGGGUGUGGUGUACGCUGGCAAAGAAGCUGCAGUCCAUGCAUUACAUUACAUUAGAUUACAUUACAUGUCAUUUAGCAGACGCUUUUGUCCAAAGCGACUUACAAUAAGUGCAUUCAACCUGAUGGUACUAGACAUAGACCAUAGGAAUCAAGUAAGUACAUAACUUUAAGAGCUAACUGUCAUCGCUACAGGAGUGCUAUAUGUUAAAGAAGAAAAGAGAAAAGAAGAAGAAGAAGAGCAUUUUUUUUUUUUUUAAAUAUAUAUGUUAGGUGACCAUGACUUAACCGAGGUAUUGUUGGAAGAGGAAGGUCUUCAGCCUGCGGCGGAAGAUGUACAGGCUGUCUGAGGUCCUGAUGUCGGUGCAUGAUUGUUAGUUCCAAAAGCUUUUUUUUAUCCAUUGCGAGCAAGCAAACAAAGAGAACAAAGAAACAUGGCUCCUGCUGCCUAUCUUCGCGGCGGGACAGAACCAUCGGCCCACCCUGGUGCAUGACGGCCCUCUGCCUACCCAACUACCUAUAUAACAUCAGGCGCCCAUGGUGCCAACCCAAAUUCCAUAAAACACAAAAAUGAUAUGUAAACUAAAUAUGCUAAACAAUAAUGAUUAUUAAACUAAACAAUUAACUAGCAAAAGAAAAUAUUAUCAAAACAAACAAACGUCUAGAAUAAUCAAACAAUACUUCCACUUUCCAAUCAAAUCCACUUUAUUUAUAUAGCACAAUUUAGCACAAACAAUAAAUAGAUAACACAAUGCAAAGAGAUGCAGUAAACAAUAGAACAGUAAAAUGCAAUAAGAUAAAAUAAAUUAAAAAUGGGAUAAAAAUAAAUAAAAUAAAAUGUAAAAUGUGCUGCCCGCAGAAAAUAAAAUAUGCAUGUAUACAAAUAAAAUAAAAAAUACUUAUUGUUAUUAAUAAACAAACAGACAACUAAAUACUAACAAGAACUAAAUAGCUACAACAGACCAUUUGUCAAUACCACCCAUAACGACACACAAAAUACAUAAAAAUAGCACACACACCAUUAUACAUACACGUACGGUUCAGAAAGGCUGCCAUUUCGGUGAAUUUAGGCUGCAAAACUACUGACCUAGUUUUAGGGCAAAAAAUAUCCUGGUUAGGCAUUAUAAAAGACAGUUUUAGCAGUAAAUAAAUGUACAAAAAUAUUGGAAGUGAAGUAGUUACAACAGUGACUACUGUAAGUUACGUUAAAAAUCACUUACUUUUGUUUUCACACAGGACACAAACCCCGUUCUCCUGGGUGUUCGACCCAUCCACCUCAAGUGUCGCAUUCACCAUUUAAACUGUGCAUCGUUGCAUUCACUGCUACUACGGCACAAGAUAGCAGCAGAGAACAGUCUAAAAUGUAAAUAUGAGUCGAAUUGUGCUGCCUGUACUAAUGCCCCAUAUUGACGUUUUUUAAGGGGGAAACCAGUCUGUGUAUAGUAGAUGGUACAAAAGUUAAAGAAAUAUACUGCUGUGGAAAGGUGCAGCAGCUAAACGUAUUUAAGCCACCUUAAAUGAGAUAUCAGAUUAAGUGUAUGCUUUAUUUUAAAAAAUGGAUGCUGCUUUACCUUGCCAUCAGACAGCUCUGUUUAAGUUUAUGCUAUUCAAUGGUUUCUUUAAAA